AUGGCAACGACAACAGCAGAGGCCCAACGGACGAAAAGCGUCGCAGGUGAUGGCAUCAAGCGGCGCAAGGGCACUCAGUUAAGUCAGCAAGGGAGGAAGCGUGUGACAAGUUUUGCGCAGAAGGCGCGCAGCCUGCAUCGUCUUCUGGAACACCGAAAGGACCUGCCAGAAGAUGUGCAGGCAAAAAUGCGUUCGGAGGCGGAGUCCCUUCAGCAGCUGCACAGGCAGCGCCUGAAAGAACUGAAGCGACAAAAGUUCAUAAGGGCAAAAAAGGCCCUGUACUCCAAGCUAAAGUUUUUUGAGCUGAAGAAGGUGCAGCGGCGGCUGCAUCAAACUCGAAAAGAGUUGCUGGGCUUACUUUCGCAGCAAGAGAGAAUGCGGUCCACAGCGACUCCUUCUGAUAAUAAGAACUCAGCCUUAUCGGGAGCAACUCCUGAGACCGAAGAGUGGCAGGCGCUUGCUGAACGCAUAGCGGACGCUCAGCGAAGACUGCGGCUACAUCUUGAUGAUUUGAAUUAUAUCCGAUUAUAUCCUGUGGACGAGCCGUAUGUUGCUCUUUUUCCCGUCCAGGACACUGAAGAUAGUCAGGAAAAGAGGAAGGCUAUGCGGCUCCGCAUUUUUCAGAUGCUCGUAGAAAGCCGCCAAGGUGAAGACGGGAAAAGUGAUGAUGAGCCAGGAGGAGAUGAUAUGUUUGUGGAUGUCCAAGGGGCUGCGGAGGACGAAGCAACCCUUGCGGAUCCUUUUGAGGAAGCCCAUCCUUUGUCUGACAACGAAAAUGACAAGGGACGUGGAGGAGUACACAGACUUAAGAGUAAGGGCCCUCAGGCAAAGCCCACGAACCAUCCACACGGCAACGCCCGAACGACUGGGAACGAUGCAACGCGCAGGCAAGGGGAUGAGCGAGCGGCUAAGGGGCCACGAGUGGGCAGCUGCGGCACGAGCAAGCAACACCUCACAAAACGUGGCCACAGGGCGGUAGACCGAAGCUCCACGCAGCAGAAGGCGUUUCAGCUCCACGAGCAGGUUUUUCAGCACAAACGACGCGACAAAGAGGGCUCAGGAUGGAGCCCAAAAGAGAUCCAGCAACAAAGGGAUGGCGGAUCGACAGCAGCUAGGAAAGGCAUUACGAGCCAGCCAACACGAAUUGGACUAUCGAAACAUAAGGCCCCAAAUCAGCACCUUAUGUUCGACUCCGAUGAGGAAUAG